GCAUUGGGCCCGGGCGGAUCCCCGCCCGGAGCCGGUGGUUCGGUGGGGGCGCUAGGCCCCGAGGCGGCUGGACCCCUGCGCUAGAAAGCGGUAGUGCGGGCCCGGUGGUGGCGGCAUGAGCCGACCCCUGCCGACGGGGAAAAUGCCCGGCGCCCCCGAGGCCGUGCCGGGGGACGGGGCUGGCGCGAGCCGUCAGAGGAAGCUGGAGGCGCUGAUCCGAGACCCUCGCUCCCCCAUCAACGUGGAGAGCUUGCUGGAUGGCUUGAAUUCCUUGGUCCUUGAUUUGGAUUUUCCUGCUUUGAGGAAAAACAAGAAUAUAGAUAAUUUCUUAAAUAGAUAUGAGAAAAUUGUGAAGAAAAUCAGAGGUCUACAGAUGAAGGCAGAAGACUAUGAUGUUGUAAAAGUCAUUGGAAGAGGUGCUUUUGGUGAAGUCCAAUUGGUUCGUCAUAAGGCAUCACAGAAAGUUUAUGCUAUGAAGCUUCUUAGUAAAUUUGAAAUGAUAAAAAGAUCAGAUUCUGCUUUUUUCUGGGAAGAAAGAGAUAUUAUGGCCUUUGCCAACAGUCCAUGGGUGGUUCAGCUCUUUUGUGCUUUUCAAGAUGAUAGGUAUCUGUAUAUGGUAAUGGAGUAUAUGCCUGGUGGAGACCUUGUAAAUCUGAUGAGUAAUUAUGAUGUACCUGAAAAAUGGGCCAAAUUUUAUACUGCUGAAGUUGUUCUUGCUUUGGAUGCGAUACACUCCAUGGGUUUAAUACACAGAGAUGUGAAGCCUGACAACAUGCUCUUGGAUAAACAUGGACAUCUAAAAUUAGCAGACUUUGGCACAUGUAUGAAGAUGGAUGAAACAGGCAUGGUGCAUUGUGAUACAGCAGUUGGAACACCUGAUUAUAUAUCACCUGAAGUUCUAAAAUCGCAAGGGGGUGAUGGUUACUAUGGGCGAGAAUGUGACUGGUGGUCUGUAGGUGUUUUCCUUUUUGAGAUGCUGGUGGGGGAUACUCCAUUUUAUGCAGAUUCACUUGUAGGAACAUACAGCAAAAUUAUGGAUCAUAAAAACUCACUAUGUUUCCCUGAAGAUGCAGAAAUUUCUAAACAUGCAAAGAAUCUCAUCUGUGCCUUCUUAACAGAUAGGGAGGUACGUCUUGGGCGAAAUGGGGUAGAAGAAAUCAAACAACAUCCUUUCUUUAAGAAUGAUCAGUGGAACUGGGAUAACAUAAGAGAAACUGCGGCUCCUGUAGUACCUGAACUCAGCAGUGACAUAGACAGCAGCAAUUUUGAUGACAUUGAGGAUGAUAAAGGAGAUGUAGAAACCUUUCCAAUUCCUAAAGCCUUUGUGGGAAAUCAGCUGCCUUUUGUAGGAUUUACCUACUAUAGAGAAAAUUUGUUAUUAAGUGACUCUCCAUCUUGCAGAGAAAAUGAUUCAAUACAAUCCAGGAGAAAUGAAGAAAGUCAAGAGAUUCAGAAAAAACUAUAUACAUUAGAAGAACACCUCACCAAUGAGAUGCAAGCCAAAGAGGAAUUAGAGCAGAAGUGCAAAUCUGUUAAUACCCGCCUUGAGAAGAUAACAAAGGAGCUAGAAGAAGAGGUUACCAUAAGGAAAAAUGUGGAAUCAUCAUUAAGACAGUUAGAAAGAGAGAAAGCGCUUCUACAGCACAAAAAUGCAGAAUAUCAGCGGAAAGCUGACUAUGAAGCAGAGAAGAAACGAAAUCUGGAAAAUGAUGUUAACAGCUUAAAAGAUCAACUUGAAGAUUUGAAAAAAAGAAAUCAAAAUUCUCAAAUAUCUACUGAGAAAGUGAAUCAGCUCCAGAGACAACUGGAUGAAGCCAAUGCUUUGCUGCGAACAGAAUCUGAUACUGCAGCCCGGUUAAGAAAAACCCAGGCAGAAAGUUCAAAACAGAUUCAGCAGCUGGAAGCUAAUAAUAGAGAGCUGCAGGAUAAAAACUGCCUGUUGGAGACUGCCAAAUUAAAACUUGAAAAGGAAUUUAUCAAUCUUCAGUCAGCCCUGGAAUCUGAAAGGAGAGACCGAACCCAUGGAUCGGAGAUAAUUAGUGAUUUACAAGGUAGAAUAUCUUGCCUAGAGGAAGACUUAAAGAAUGGCAAAAUCUUGUUCACAAAAGUAGAGGUGGAGAAGAGACAACUACAGGAAAGAUUUACUGAUUUGGAAAAGGAAAAGAGCAACUUGGAAAUAGAUAUGACAUACCAACUAAAAGUUAUACAGCAGGCCUUAGAGCAAGAGGAAGCUGAACAUAAGGCUACAAAAGCACGACUAGCAGAUAAAAAUAAAAUCUAUGAAUCCAUUGAAGAAGCUAAAUCAGAAGCCAUGAAAGAAAUGGAGAAGAAGCUCCUAGAAGAAAGGACUUUAAAACAGAAAGUGGAGAACCUGUUGCUGGAGGCUGAGAAAAGAUGUUCAAUAUUUGACUGUGACCUCAAACAAUCACAGCAGAAAAUAAAUGAACUCCUUAAACAGAAAGAUGUGCUAAAUGAGGAUGUUAGAAACUUGACAUUAAAAAUAGAACAGGAAACUCAGAAGCGCUGCCUUACACAAAAUGAUUUAAAGAUGCAAACACAGCAAGUUAACACACUAAAAAUGUCAGAAAAGCAGUUAAAACAAGAGAAUAAUCAUCUUAUGGAAAUGAAAAUGAGCUUGGAAAAACAAAAUGCUGAACUUCGAAAAGAACGUCAAGAUGCAGAUGGGCAAAUGAAAGAGCUCCAAGAUCAGCUUGAAGCUGAGCAAUAUUUCUCAACACUCUAUAAAACACAGGUUAGGGAACUUAAAGAAGAAUGUGAAGAGAAGACUAAACUUUGUAAAGAAUUACAGCAGAAGAAGCAAGAAUUACAGGAUGAAAGGGACUCUUUGGCUGCCCAACUGGAGAUCACUUUGACCAAAGCAGAUUCUGAGCAGUUGGCUCGUUCAAUUGCUGAAGAACAGUAUUCUGAUUUGGAAAAAGAAAAAAUCAUGAAAGAGCUGGAGAUCAAAGAGAUGAUGGCCAGACACAAACAGGAGCUUACAGAAAAAGAUGCUACAAUUGGAUCUCUUGAAGAAACUAAUAGGACACUAACUAGUGAUGUUGCCAAUCUUGCAAAUGAGAAAGAAGAAUUAAAUAACAAGCUGAAAGAUGCUCAAGAGCAGCUGUCAAGGUUGAAAGAUGAAGAGAUAAGUGCAGCAGCUAUUAAAGCACAAUUUGAGAAACAGCUAUUAACAGAGAGAACACUGAAAACUCAAGCUGUGAAUAAGUUGGCUGAGAUCAUGAAUCGCAAGGAACCUGUCAAGCGUGGUAGUGACACAGAUGUACGGAGAAAGGAGAAAGAGAAUAGAAAGCUACAUAUGGAACUUAAAUCUGAACGUGAAAAAUUGACCCAACAGAUGAUCAAGUAUCAGAAAGAACUGAAUGAAAUGCAAGCUCAAAUAGCUGAAGAGAGUCAGAUUCGGAUUGAACUGCAGAUGACACUGGACAGUAAAGACAGUGACAUUGAGCAGCUACGGUCACAGCUACAGGCCUUGCACAUUGGCCUAGAUAGUUCCAGUAUAGGCAGUGGCCCAGGGGAUACUGAGGCAGAUGAUGGAUUUCCAGAAUCAAGAUUAGAAGGAUGGCUUUCAUUGCCUGUGCGAAACAACACUAAGAAGUUUGGGUGGGUUAAAAAGUAUGUGAUUGUAAGCAGUAAGAAGAUCCUUUUCUAUGACAGUGAACAAGAUAAAGAACAAUCUAAUCCUUACAUGGUUUUAGAUAUAGACAAAUUAUUUCAUGUCCGACCAGUUACACAGACAGAUGUGUAUAGAGCAGAUGCUAAAGAAAUUCCAAGGAUAUUCCAGAUUUUGUAUGCUAAUGAAGGAGAAAGUAAGAAGGAACAAGAAUUUCCAGUGGAGCCAGUGGGAGAAAAAUCAAAUUACAUUUGUCAUAAGGGACAUGAAUUUAUUCCUACUCUUUAUCAUUUCCCAACUAACUGUGAGGCUUGUAUGAAGCCACUGUGGCAUAUGUUUAAACCUCCUCCUGCUUUAGAGUGCCGUCGCUGCCAUAUUAAAUGUCAUAAAGAUCACAUGGACAAAAAGGAAGAGAUUAUAGCACCUUGCAAAGUGUAUUAUGAUAUUUCAACGGCAAAGAAUCUAUUAUUAUUAGCAAAUUCAACAGAAGAACAGCAGAAAUGGGUUAGUCGGUUGGUGAAAAAGAUUCCUAAAAAGCCUCCAGCCCCAGACCCUUUUGCACGGUCAUCUCCUAGAACUUCAAUGAAGAUACAACAAAACCAAUCUAUUAGACGGCCAAGUCGACAGCUUGCUGCAAACAAACCAAGCUAACUGCCUUCUAUGAAUGCAGUCGUUAAUCAAGGUGAUCAUAUUCUUCCAGUUAAAAUAAGACUGAAAUAUGAUGGCCCAAAAUUGAUUAAAAAACUAUACUUUCCUGAGAGACUGAUACUUACAUACACAUACAUAUGUGUGUUCCCCUUUUUUCUGUGUUACAAGUUAUAAGUCUUGGGGAGAUUUCUGGACUCCUUUGAAGCAAAAAGUUGAACCAGCAGUGAUUGGUUUAUAGAGUAAGGAUACCACAUGCAAGCCUUGCAAACUGAUUCCAUAAAGCUCUCUUGGCAGUC